UGUGGUGACCUUUCAUGAUCAGUGUAUCAGGCGAUUCUAGGUGUGCUUUUAGUAGGGAGUCUCUAGCUAUCUCUAGCUAUAUCGUAUCUGAAAGGUUUGGAGAACACUGAUUGCUUAAAGAUGGGAGGCCAGGUGUCUAGAAACGACUUUGAAUGGGUGUACACUCAGGAACCUCAUGUUGCCAGGAGAAAGUUAAUCUUAGAUAAAUACCCCGAGAUCAAGAAGCUGAUGGGACCCGACCACGAGUUCAAAUACAUCGCCAUAGCAAUGGUCAUCUUCAAUAUCCUGUCCUGCUAUUUCGUUGGUCACUUAUCGUAUUUCUGGAUCACGGUUCUCGCGUAUUUUCUGGGCGGAGUCGUCAAUCACUCGCUAACACUCGCCAUUCAUGACAUCGCUCACAAUGCAGCGUUUGGAAAUAAGUACCCUCUUGCAAAUCGACUUUUCGGAAUGCUUAUAAACAUUCCAAUUGGCGUGCCGAUGUCCAUCUCGUUCAAAAUCUAUCAUAUAGAGCAUCACAGGUAUCAAGGGAUAGAGGGUUAUGAUGUGGACCUACCCUCUGCCUGGGAAGGACGAUUUUUCACGAACAUCCCAUUGAAAAUUCUCUGGCUCUUUCUACAACCACUUUUCUAUGCGUUUCGUCCGUUUAUAGUACGGCCCAAGCCACCUUCAAAAUUAGAGAUCCUCAAUGUGGUGAUACAGGUAACUGCUGAUGCUCUGAUUUGGUAUUUCUUUGGAUUCAAAUCUCUCUACUACCUUCUGAUAGGCACGUUCCUCAGCCUGGGCCUGCACCCAAUGGCUGCUCACUUUAUUGCUGAGCACUACAUGUUUGACAGAGGCUACGAGACCUACUCUUACUACGGCCCUUGGAACUAUCUCACGUUUAACGUCGGUUAUCACAUGGAGCAUCACGAUUUCCCGUACAUCCCGGGAUCUAGACUGCCUGAAGUUAAGAGAAUUGCCGCCGAGUUUUACGAUUCCUUACCCCAACACGACUCAUGGCUCUCUGUGAUCUAUAUCUAUCUGUUCAAGCCGCAAAUGGGCCCAUUUUCUCGAGUCAAGAGAGACUUCGAGGAUAUAUACGGAAAAAGGAAAGCUGACAAUCCACAUCUUUGUGCUGACAACACUAUGAUCCCUGUGUUCGCUGAAGACCCACCAUUCAAGAAGACAACCACCAAUGGACAUGUUGCUAAUGGUGGUGUGGAAUUGAGUGAAGAGAACAAGAAGAAUGACUGAUUAGUAGACCUUAUUAGUUGCCAUUUUAAUACAUCACUGACUGCACUUAUUAUUAUUUUGGCUUUCCUUUACUGUAUUAAAAUGAUGCACUAGCUGCUUUAUUGUAUACUGUGUACAUGUACAACAUGUUGUGUUGAGAGCCUAAUCAUGAUUAUUGACACAA